CACGUUGGACACCUAUUAAAGCAGUGUCCCUGGUUACAACAUGGCAGAAUAAAUGUCGGAACAAACAACACCGCUGUCUUCCCCACUCUAUAUAUUGCUCUCCCUCUCCCCUACCCUCUUUGACAAACCAAAAGCCUGAGAAUUUUUUUAUCUUUUUUUUAAAUACCCUUUUUAAAAAACUCAUUUUCUUCUCUAGCCACUAAAAUAUCCUGCAUUUCUUACAUAUCCUGCCCAAAGGGGAUAGUUUAUUGACGAGAUAUUAAGCUCAUUGGGAGAGAACAUGGGGGGUUGUGCCACCAAGCCUAAGGUGUUGAAGGACGGCGCCGCCGGAGCUCCGAUGCCUGAGGCGCAGAAGGAAGAGAGUGCCGCCGAGGACUUGACGGCGGUGAAAGAAGGAGCCGCCGGGGCUGAUGACGAGGCCAACAAACGCCGUUCUUUAAGCAACCUGUUCAAGGAGAGCGAGGAGAAGAGCUUAGAGGAUGGGAAAGAUGAGACUUACGAAACCAAGCAAGCAACUGAUCUGUCUGCACCCAAUUCAAAAGAAACCGAAAAGCCCAAAUGUGCAGAGGAGCAGACUCCAGCUCCAGUCGUCGUUGAUGCUCCUGCAAAAACCGAAGCACAAAAGACGCAAGAAGUUGCAUCAACAGCAGAGGUCCCGAAGCUUGAAACGUCUUGCGAGGAGAAAAUAGAGGAUGUUAAACCAACAACUGAGGUGAGAACUGAAGAGGAGAAGCCCACCGAAGAUUCUCAGAAAUCUGACACUCCUGUGGAGAAAAAAACAGAAAACCAAAAUCCCGAGAAGAAAACAGAACAAGCACCAGCAAUGCCUCAAAUAGAGGACAAGAAACCUCCCAGUACACUAGAGAAGAUGACGGAGAACUGAAAGAAUGUCGAGUGUUCUAUGUACAAUGCAGAAUACUAGACCAUAUUCAAUCAGAAGAUCACCCACCUUUUCCUUUCAGCUAAAGGGUAUCAGUAACCAUUAGCGGGAACUGGGAAGGAGUCAAUUCUUUUGAAGGAUCAAUAUUUUGUACCAUUUUCCGUGUGGUUUGGGCUUGAAUUAUUUCCUAGGAUCAAUACUGUGCACCAUAUUCUGUGUGAUUUGAGCUUUGUGACAUUAAUGUUUUCCCCUUGUCUACUUGUGUGUCUGUAUUGGCUCUUAAAGACCAAAUCUUUUUUGUACAAUCCAUUUUCAUUGUAUCUGCA